AUGUCGACGCCGUCGCGGAAGCGGUUGAUGCGCGAUUUCCGCCGGCUGCAGAAUGAUCCCCCAGGGGGAAUUAUUGGUGCUCCGCAAGACAACAAUAUCAUGCUGUGGACGGCGAUGAUAUUCGGGCCGGACGAUACACCGUGGGACGGAGGCACGUUCAAACUGACGCUUCAGUUCUCCGAGGACUACCCCAAUAAGCCCCCUGUUGUGCGGUUCGUCACCAAGAUGUUUCAUCCCAAUGUGUAUGCGGAUGGAAGCAUUUGUUUGGACAUUUUGCAAAACCAUUGGAGUCCAAUUUACGACGUUGGAGCAAUUCUGACUUCCAUUCAGUCUCUUCUGUGUGAUCCGAAUCCCAAUUCUCCUGCCAAUUCAGAGGCGGCUCGUCUGUACAGUGAAAAUCGGCGUGAGUACAUUCGGCGGGUUAGAGAGGUUGUGGAGCAGAGCUGGACAGCGGAUGUGGGCGAGUGA